AUGACAGAGCUCUAUGAGAUUCUCGAGGUAGAAGCAACCGCUUCAACCGCAGAAAUCAGAAAGAGCUACCGGCGUCUUGCUCUCAGAUACCAUCCUGAUAAAGUGACCGACGAUAGCCAACGAGAGCAUUGUGAGAUAAAAUUCAAAGAAAUUACUCAUGCCUAUGAGAUCCUCAGCGAUGACCUGAAGCGACGUGAAUAUGACAUGUAUGGGACUACAGACGGAAACGGCCAUGCUUACCCUGAGUAUGAGUUCAAUGGGAAUCCAUUUGAACAGUUCUACGGCGGUGGCGACUAUGGGGCUGAAGACUUCUACUCUUUCUUUGGACCGCCGCCCUCUAAUGGCGGUUAUCAUGAAACCCAAACUGCCCGUACAGAUGAUGCUGUUAUUGAUAUAGAUGUGACACUUGAACAAUUAUUUGUUGGAAAAUCGAUCAAAUUCACACGAUCUAGAAACAUUAUCUGUCCGCUGUGUCAGGGGCUGGGGACAAGAAAAAAUGCUGUCGUCAAGGAAUGUGUACAUUGUGAUGGGAAAGGGUCACAAAUCAAAAUGAAACGGGUAGGACCAGGCAUGGUGGCCCAACAAGUCGUUAAAUGCAAAAAGUGCGAUGGUGAAGGGAAGUUGGUACGUCCGAAGGACAAGUGCAAGCGUUGUGAAGGCGCCAAGGUGGUCGAAGAGACCAAAAUUAUGGAGUUUGAGAUUGCUGCUGGAUCGAAGGAUGGUGAAAAGAUCAUUUUUGAUCAACAGCUGGAUGAAUACCCAGGAAAGAAGACCGGCGACAUUGUGGUGGUUCUUCAUUGUCAACAGCAUCACUCUUUCCGUCGUAUGGGUGAUGACUUAUAUUGUCAAUAUAAGGUGCCGCUCGUCGAUGCGUUGUGCGGAUUUAGUCGCAACAUCGUCAAACAGUUGGAUGGCCGCAUCAUUAAAAUCACGACUCCGAAGGGUAAGGUUGUACGUCCAGGUGAGUUUAUCAAGAUUAAAGGCGAGGGUAUGCCUCACAAAAAGAAACACUGGUUGUUCAAUCUGAGUGCAAGAGGCGAUCUUUAUAUUGAGAUUGAGGUUGAGUUCCCCGCUGACAACUGGUAUCUCGAACGGGGGGACGUUGAUAGAAUGCGCAAUUUGUUACCCCAACAAUUGGCUUCAAAAUCUGACCAGCUUCGCCAGAGUGCUACUGAAGAUCUGGCCAUCGAUGGCAAUAUUGACGACUACACGGACUUCGCAAUUUGCAGCCGCGAUGCGUUGCCAACUUACCUGGAAGAAGAACAAGAUGAAUCCAAGACCAAGCUGACACCGCAAGGACGGCCAGAAUGCGCUACUCAAUGA